AGGAAGUUAUGUGAAGCGAAAGCUUCAUCUGCGAGGAGGGAACACAACAUCAACCAAUUAAUUUGAAUUUCGAAGAAACUACGGACCGCAAAUCCGCAAGAAGAAUGAGAUCUGGUCGCGGAGCCGCGGCAUUUUUCGACCACAUCGAUCAUUUCUGUACCGCACAGGAGCUUGGAGGCCUACCAGGUACAACAGCCGAACUGCAUCAACCAGACCUGUUUGCGUCUGUGUCUCCUUCAUCUGUGGGAAUAAACAGCCAUGUUGAUUCGGGUUGUAGUGGCGGCGAUCUCCUCUUACCUCGCAACUCCAUGAUCCGAAGCUGCAAAAAUAGUAGACCUGCGCGUGGUAGUGGUUUUUCCAGUCUGGGAACUACUCGAACCGCCUUUAUUCCUGAGGCGGCAGACGUAUCAAAUGUAAAAAUGUCUGGGUCUGGAAACUUGUGAUGCUGGGUGGCGUCUCAUGAUGAGGCUACAAAUGCUGGCUCAGCAUGACAAGUUUCUGAGCUCCUCGGUGUUGCCUUUUCUGCAUGACAAACUGCGGUUCUGCAUCACAGAAAAGCGGAGCUCUUGGGUAACGUGCAUGACAGAUUUAAGAGUCAUGCCAGACAAACAUGACAAACAUGAAUUCUUCCAGACCCAGACAUUUUUACAGUUGAUAAGACGCGGACGAACAGGCCCCCGAGCCAGACGUCCCGGACGACGGGCUUCCAAAAAAGGGGUCCCUCAGCAAAAAAACGCCGCCGCCGCCAGUGUAUCGGAUGCAAAUAUGCAGUCUGUGUGGUCGGAAUGAGUGCAGGUGUAGUUUGGCAUGCUACUCUUGCAUGACCCAGAAGGGGUGGCAUGCAAGUCUAGCAUCUUCUUCUUCACCCGUCUUGUUGAGAAGGUGCCUCAACACUGCAGCCUAGUCCGCAUGACAAUCUCUCUCUUGUUUUGCCAAAUUUUGGGCCAUGUUUGCUGUUCGUGCAGAUUGACAAAACAGAUUUCAAUGUUGUCUGAAUUGCGCAUUACAAGUUGCAAAAAUUUUCCAGAAGACCCACACAUCCAUGUUUGCAAUGCAUACGCGAUUCGGAAUGACCGAGCAGGGCGACAAGUGCCAGUGCAAUCUGCACGACACCGACGGAGCACUGACCGCACACACCGCAAAAUCGAAAGACUUUGAGAUGUAUCAAAUGCAAAUAUGUCUGGGUCUGGAAGAUUGUGAGAUUUGUCAUGCUAGUCUGGCAUGACUCUGAGCUUUGUAUUGCGUGGCCACAAAGAGCCUCUCUCGCCUGGUGUCAUGCAAAACGCAGUUUCUCAUGCGGAACACGCAGCACAGAGGCACGAGAAAACUUGUCAUGGUUGGCGGCGCAUUACAGUCCAUUUGUUAUUGAAUGACUUGCGUCACAAGUUUCCAGACAUCCAGGGAUAUUUGCAUCCGAUAAGAUGCGAAUGAAGGAAGCUUCGAAGGAUUCCACGGCGGAAAAAGCGAAAGUAUCAAAGGCAAAAAUCUCUGAGUCUGGGAGGAUGGAACUUGUCAUGCUGUCUUUGGAUUCCAAAAAAAUCUGUAUUGCGUAAGUAGCAAGAGGAGUCCAGUUUAUGCUACGCGGAGGGGGUAUUCCUCAUGCGGUAUAGGCAUCAGGAAGCCCUCGCAAAAUUUCUGAUGCUAGGUCAUGCAUUACAGGCAUCAUCGUUCAUGCAAAAUGUGCAUGACAAGUGUUCCACUCUUCCUGACCCAGACAUUUUUGCAUUUGAUAGAAAGCAAAGGCGGACACGUUCCGGAGAAAUUUGAAUUUCUACAAGGAAGCAAAGGCGGAAUUGGUAUCCUGUGCAAAAGUAUCGUACUCGUAUUGCAGUCAUGCAUUACCAUUAUCUCAAGACAAAUCUUUUUCUCAAGGAUUUAAAUUUUAUCUCUCAUGCUGAGGAAAUUUGUAUGUAAUGCAUUUAUACGAGUGCGAUACUUUUGCAAUGCAUAAUUGGACGCGGCCUACACCACGUACAAGGACAAACAGGAAGGAUUGCAGGACGCUUACGCGCACUUGCGGCAGAUGCACACGAAGUCCUGCACGCCCCUGCUAUCAAAUGUAAAAAUGUCUGGGUUUGGAAAGGGAGAAGUUUGUCAUGCACAUUUUCCAUGAUCCAUGAUGUCUGUCGUGUAUGCCAUGGCAUCACAGAUUUUGUGAGCGCCUAUCGAUGCGCAUCCUGCAUGACAAAUGCCCUCUCUGCGUAGCCAAAUUUGACUCCUCUCGCUGCUCAUGCAAUACAGAUUUUUUUAGCAUCCAAAUGCAGCAGCACAAGUUUGGCUCUUCCAGACCCAGACAUAUUUGCAAUCCAUACCUGCAAGACGCCUACGAGGUCGAACUGGACUGCAGCCGGAAAUACCGCAAAGCAGUCGACCAGUACUUUGCGCGCGGUAUGCCACCCACGUGCAAGUACGGUGUAGUGCCCAUGAUCAAGCCGUUUGCCGUCGACGUGAACUUGGCCAAGCAGCAACACGAACUGAAGGGCAUCGCCGGGUUUCUGGGGAGGUGGUUUUUCUGAAAAAGCGUGGUUUUCUUGCACGAGCCUUCUCUCGCGCCGGUUUAAUGUUCAAAGCGCUCGAUCAUGGCAGUUUAUUACAUCUAGUUUACUCACCUGCUCAAUGGUGUAAAUGCUUUAUUCUACUGGUCGAGAAUCUUCUAGUUUGUAUGUCUGUUUCAUCUGCAAUAACACGUUGUGACACCCCGCUCACCCCUUCCCCUACUUUCUGCUUACAUCCGUAG